UAAUUAAUCUCGGGUUAACGCAGAUUGUUUUUUACCGCCGAUAGGCUAUAGUCUCUCUCACUUCCUUAUAUCAUCGACUCUUCUCUCAUUCCCCUUUUCUUGUUCCCCUCUUAUCAAACUUCACCUCCAACAAGAAAAUAGAGAGAGAGAAAGAGAUAACGAGAGAAAGAAACAAAAACAAAGAAAGAGAGAAGAAAUGAACCUUAAGGAAACGGAGCUCUGCCUUGGGCUCCCCGGAGGCACUGAAACCGUGGCCAAGUCGGGUGUUGGAAAUAAGAGAGGCUUCUCUGAGACCGUUGAUCUCAAACUCAAUCUUCAAUCUAACAAACAAGGACAUGGGGAUCUCAAUGUUGCUGGAUCUAUUAAAGAGAAGACUCUCCUCAAAGACCCUUCUAAGCCUCCUGCUAAAGCACAAGUGGUGGGUUGGCCACCUGUGAGGAACUACCGUAAAAAUGUUAUGGCUAAUCAGAAGAACGGCGAAACGGAUGAGGCAAUGAGCAGUGCUGGAGGAACCGUAGCCUUUGUGAAGGUUUCCAUGGAUGGAGCUCCUUAUCUUCGGAAGGUUGACCUUAAGAUGUACAACAGCUACAAGGAUCUCUCUGAUGCCUUGGCCAAAAUGUUCAGCUCCUUUACCAUGGAGAGUUAUGGAGCACAAGGGAUGAUAGAUUUCAUGAACGAGAGUAAAGUGAUGGAUCUGUUGAACAGCUCUGAGUAUGUUCCAAGCUACGAGGACAAAGAUGGUGACUGGAUGCUCGUUGGUGAUGUCCCCUGGCCGAUGUUUGUAGAGUCGUGCAAACGUUUGCGCAUUAUGAAAGGAUCCGAAGCAAUUGGCCUUGCUCCAAGAGCAAUGGAGAAGUGCAAGAACAGAUCCUGAACAAAAAAAAAAGAAAGAGGACAAUAAUGGAUUCUUGAUUUUUUUAUAUUUUGUAUUGUUGUGAUCAUAUGUGUUUGUAAUUUUUAAUAUUAAGGAGUAUAUAGGGAAAUAGAAUUGCUUACGAAAAAGAAGUCACAAAUUGGUAUUUGAUCAGAAGUCAAAAGUUUAAAUAUGUAUGUGUUUAUGUUUCAUCUCUUAAGUUGAAAUCAUAUCAGUUUAAGAAAA